AUGGCAUCGCGACUGAACAACCUCGCGGCCUUCCACCAAAAGCUCGCCAAAGCCGAUCGCAUCCUCGCCAUCUGCGGCGCCGGACUCUCCGCCGCAUCGGGACUCCCCACCUUCCGCGGCGCCGGCGGACUAUGGAGGAACUACGAGGCUACGGAUCUAGCGACUCCGGAAGCGUUUGCUGAGGAUCCGGGGUUGGUGUGGUUGUUUUAUGCAUAUCGACGACACAUGGCCCUCCAAACCAAACCCAGCGCAGGCCACCACGCCUUGGCUGCCCUUGCAAAGAAGCGUCCUAACUUCCUUUGUCUGACUCAAAACGUAGACAACCUCUCCCCGCGUGCUGGCCACCCUGCUUCCCAAUUGCGUACCCUCCACGGAUCCCUCUUUACGCUCAAAUGUUCUUCCCCCAGUUGCAGCUACGUCGAACCCUCCAACACUUCAGAUCCCUUAUGUCCUUCUCUCGCUCCCGCCUCGGUUGACCCGCCAGACCCUUCCCAACCGGGGAAAAUCCCCCUCUUGGACCCUUCCCACCCUUUACCGACUAUCCAGCCCUCCAGCCUACCUCAAUGCCCUCGCUGCGCCUCCUCCGGCACCUCCUCCCUCCUUCGCCCGGGAGUAGUCUGGUUCGGCGAAUCCUUAGACCCCUCUAUGCUCUCGGAAAUAGACGCCUGGAUCGAUCAAGGCCCCAUUGAUUUGAUCCUAGUCGUUGGGACUAGUUCGGUGGUCUACCCGGCGGCGGGGUAUGCAGAGAGGGCGAGGACGAAGGGACACACGAGCGUGGUGACGGUUAAUAAGGAGGUUGAGAAGGUGAUGUGGAGGAAGGGGGAGGAUUUGGCGUUUCAGGGAGGGGCGGAGGAGUGGUUGGGACGGAUGUUGGAGCCGGUGAUUGGGGGGGUGACCCCUGGGAUCUUUAACCGCGUGGAAGACGGGCUCGGCCCGGUAUUUGUGCAUGUCGUCCGAUAA